GCCGUUGCCAUUUCAAUAUCAAGACCUACGGUAGUCACAAUCUGCAAUCUGCAAUCUGCAAUCCUUGACUGUGGUUCACCAACCUCUCACCAUUUUCUGUGGUCGCGCACUAUGCGCAUUUACGUGAUGUGGAUGUCCAUGAGGCUCGAGAUGCCCAAGCCAAGCUCACGCUCCUACGCAUACACUUCACCAGAGAGCCAACCACCAUUAUUUUGGGCUCCGUACGUGCAUACAAGAUGUGUUGACACUGCCGUUGCCAGCGGCCAGUUUAGCUUUCUUUACGUCUCUGGCGAUGGUUGUAGCUCGAGACUAGACACCAAUCUACUACGACUACCGAGGUGUCUAUCUGUGUUUUGUAUUUGACUUUGUACUUGGCCAGAAAGACACAAAGACAAAGACACAGAUCACAUCCAUCGGGUUGAACCUAAAAACAUCUCAUGACUUAAAAGUUAACGGCUGUUUCAUUACUCUAACCCAUUCUUCGCACCAGAAGAGAUAAGUGCGUUCAUAUAACCCCACUCACUACAACCCUACCAAAAGAAAUCCAGCAAUCUAACCAGGGGGUCGCGUCCUAUAUCCCGUCCCUUUCUUAAGCUACCAAGGUUAUCCAAACUCUAACAUAGACUUUAAGAAUUCUUGUACACAGCACGAGGGGAUAUACUCAAAAUCUUCAUUCCUACUUAUCUAGAUCUUGCCUGGAGACGGUACAUGUCAAUAUCAUCGAGCUUUGUCUCAUCGACAUUCGUAGCACACACGUCUGGCGGAACCAUACUUGGAUGAUCCUUUGAAGGCACAUCACUCAACCCUUCAUUUCCUCGCGUGAAGGAGGAAGGGAGCAAGGUUAUUUAUUAUUCAUAUCCGGUACCAAUAACAGAUUACAUAUAAACGGCAAGGGCAUCCGAGACACGUUUAUGCCGAGGAUUUCAUUAUGCCAAAUCUCCAAUCUCCUGUCCCUGCAGCACAGGGCAAGAUACAGCCCCAAACACAUCAACGAACACAUUCCUUAACCCCAGAUACACCUCGAACGGUCUCAACAUUAAAGACAGUAGGGGCGGAGACCCAAUUUGCAGAUGAGGCAUCUGGAGGAACAAACCAAAACAAGAUCGAAGCACCUGCUCCCUUACCUGCGACUGCGGCCCUCGCUGCGAGGAAUACUCCGUCAACGGCUAAUGAAGGAACAACUCCUCCGCGACCAGCUCGAACACACCAACGCUCCCUCUCACAAUUAUUACCUUCCUGGAGUACACGUCAAACUUUCCAAGCUCCCAACGGAUCAGCAGAUAAUUCACCAACCAAGGAGGAUAUACCAUUCGAAUACAUGGCGUCGUUGACUGGAGAUAAAGGUGGUCGGGCAAGAGUCUCCACAAGGAAAAGUGGUUGGUUUGGGGGGUCUUCGGCUUCAGAAGUUGUAGGAUUGGAACAUGAUGAACUAGACUCGAGAAAGGCAUCUGCUAGAGAACCUUCGCCAAAUCGAAAGCUCGAAAGAAGAGAAACUCUCCCUGUCCCCGCUUCCAACUCUACUCCCGCGAAAUCAACUGGCGUCUUCGGUUUCUUAUCUUCCCCAAAAGCUCCUGCACAACUUCAACUACCUUCAGAUCUGGACAACGACGAAUAUAUCAAUCUCGAUAUCCAAUCUUCACUAUUUCCAUCCGGUCAAGCCGACACUUUCUCCCCUGCUGCCUUCAAGAACCUUCGCGUUAAUGCCGAGGGCGUCGUACAAAAACUCCAAACCGUAUACAAACUUCGCACUAUCCAAUACAGUGAAACGAGAGCUGAAAAGGAUGCGCAAGAAGAAGAACUGGAAGAGGCCGAGACUCGCGCUAAAUUUCUCAAGCUCCAACUAGAAGAUAUGCUCAAGAAAUUCAAUGAACAAGACACCACUAUAGAGGAAUUAGUAAACCAGCUUGCCGAAGAGAAGCUGGCUCGUGUGGAGGAGAGAGAUCGGUUUAAUGCUCAGAUAAAAAGGAGGGAAGAAGAGGCGAGGAUUUCACAACAUCGUGCGAGCUGUUGUUCGACGGCAGGGGAAGAAGAUCUAGGCAUCCCCCCAGAUAUAAGAGCUAAAUGGAGGAAAAGUACAGGUAGCGCUGACUUGAGCGGGGAAAGUGACGAUGAUAUGGCAAGUGGUGGAGGUGAAAGUGUCUUCUCGAGAAGCCGAAGUCCCACACUUACAGUCUCGACUGUCAUGACAACCAAAGAUAGUACGAGAGAUAGCACCCCUGAUAUUCCUUCAUCAUUUGGGCGUGUCGGAGCUUUACAAAAGGAUGCUCAAAUUAAUAAUAAUCCUACGAUAGUCAUUCCCGCCAAACCCAAACCUCAAACUUCAGCUUUCAAGAAAAUGCUAGGUAUUGGCUCUGGCGAUUCAAGUCCUACAAAUGGAUGCUCAAAUUGUAGUGGCCAGGGAGCAUCGAUAGCAUGGGAUACUGUGGGUUUAUUGAGAGCUGAAAACAAGACUUUAAAAGAUAGGGUCAAUCUAAUGGAAGGGGAGAUUGAAGGGGCUCUAGACAUAUGUGGAGGUCUAUUUCCUGUCGGGUCUGGAUUAUGAGAAGGAUAAUUGACCCAAAAAAAACAUAUAUUAUUAAGUAGCUUGAGAAAAAGCUCUUUUUCGACUUGGGCAUCACCAGGAUGAUGAAAUCCAUAAGAACAACCAAAAAAUAAAUACACCAACGACGACAAUGACGAACCAACGGACUCAACGGCAGUCUAUAUUAUACCCCUUCUUGUUCCUGAUAUUUUUUCUUUCUUUUUUUUGGUUUGCAUGUCUCCCAUGCAUUCUGCUACCCAUUGGAUGGCUAGCUUCAGAGUGUUGAUUAUGACUAGCUUCGCUCUCUCUACCUUUGGACAUUUUCUUGGAGCUGAAUUUGGAUGUGUUUCUUGGCAUACAAAAUGGCAUUUGCUCUACUCAUUAUGGCUUACGGCUACGUUAGUGAAAUAGCAUAGUAAAAGGAGUUGUACGAAUUUCUGCACACUGUAUGAUACGUUCUUUAAGCGAGGUCACGGAGGAGGAGAAUAAACUUCCUGUGGCCUCGAAUGGUUUUGAUUUUGGGACUAAAGGUACAGAUGGGAUGGCCUCGGGUAGCAACAUAUAUCUAGAUAGUCGUCGUCAAUAGAUGAAUCGAAAAAUGGAUACAUGUGGUUCGGUUUUUCUCUAUCGUGUGUGUGCAUUUUCACAAUGUUUUAGUGAUUACCA